AUGGCUGUGGAUUUAAUGCCAUUCAAAGAUACCGGCGACAAGGAAAUUCACAAAUUUCGAUGGGCGAAGGGUGCGCAUUUGCAAAACACAACGUGCGCCACAGCUAUAACACCACCGCAUAAUCCAAAGACUUCCCUAGAAGUUGAAAUAUGGAAUAAUGCGUUCAAAUUCAUCGUAUUUGGUGCUGUCUCAGCAGAAGAUGUAGCGGCUGCAUGUCGAAGCAAUAGUUCACUUUUUGUCCUUAUGGGUAAUCCAGGUAUAAUUUGGCAUGUUGAAAUUCGGAAUCAAUAG